AUUUGGGGGGGCUGCAGGGUUGCACUUUGCCAGGGGUGCAUGGACUGGACUGGUAGAAUGGCAGACCACCAAUUACACAGCGCUUGCCAGGUGCUGAGAAGCUGCAAGCCCCUGAGGCCUUGAAGGUGCCCCCCCCCAAGAUCCCUCCAAACUGUUCCUUUGUGGAGUUGUGGCCUGGUGUUGUUCCCACAUCGUCCCUGUUACCGUCCUGGUGGUGGCCCAUUUCAUGAACGUGGUGUAGAAAAUUAGCCCAAAUGGUUUAAGUCUCAAAAUAUUUUUAUGGCCUUCUACAGGAGAUUGCAAGCCUAAAAUCAGCCUUGAUGGAUUCUAAAAAGAGCGUCUCCAAAGCUUACGGCUAUCCACUGAGAGUUUACAGUUUUCUUUGCCCUUCUGUUCCGUGAAUGGUUUGGUGAGGUUGAUAGUCUUGAAAUAGAGUCCUUUGAGUAACUGUUGGGCCAUCAGCAAGCCCAGAGGUGAUGGUAGACAAAUGCCCAGCCUGUCCCUCACGCCAGGGGAAUUGCAGGAUCUCUGGGGAAGGCUGCAGUGCCCACUCAUUAUGCCUAUUGUCAGUGUUGCUUGUCUCAACAAUUGGCCUUAUAAAUAAAAGAAAUGCUACACAUCUGGAUUGACUAUAUCCAACCCACCCAGAACCCACCCUUGAUUCAAGGAGAGGGGUACUCCAAUAUCCCUUCCUGCGACCCAGAGCUGGUCACUAGGGUCAAAAUUGUGAACAUGGAGUUCGCCUGGCGCCAGGACUCAACAGUCAGGGCAGUGUGUCAAGCCAGACACCCUUGCAGUCCUGGGGAUGCACCUGUGUGCAGAGUAAGGGGGAAGAAGACGGAGCAAGGCCUGUCCCACUGCUGAGCCAGAGGCUCAUACAUACCUGUGGCUGCAAAACAGGCCAUGAGAAUUGUCAUCCUGUGGCCAAGGCAAAAUGUUCAGUGGGAGGUUGCCCUAGACUAGUCUAUGGGGUUGCUGGGCUCUCAUAUGCUUUUUGCCAGCUGGGAAAUGUAACUUCUUGUUUUCCACCAAUCCUCUCCUUUCCACAUACAUUCCCAGUGAACUGCUGGGGGGGGGGGCUCCCUGGAAUGGAAGGGGUUGGAAGGUUUUAGGGGCUGGAGAAGGGAGACUGUUGUGCUGUCUGUCUACAAAGCAACCCCCAGCCCCACUUCUCUGUGGCUCCAUUGGCCCUGAAGGCUGGGGCAAGGGCACUGACAGGGCAGAGGAGACCACCCUGACAUUGCCAGGAGGUUGGCUCCCUGCCCCAGUCACCUUUCCACUGGGAUGGACAGUUUCCUUUCUGGGAGGGCUUUCAUCCUCUUCCCCAGAAGUUUGCCUUUCCAUUCUCGUUCUGAACUUCUUGUCUUUUAUGGGACUCGUGCCCCACAGGCCGGAGAGGCCAGUCUGACCGGAGCCCAAGCCAAAGGCAACGGAUGCAGGUGGCCACAAAUGAAGCAACAGUGGUGCAAGGUAUAAGAGCAAAGCCCGGCACCAUGAAGAAGCAGCUGUCUGCCUGCGUGAGCCCAGCAUCCCACCCUCCAAGAGGAGGAAGGAUCAUCGCUAAGCUGGCUGAGUAUGUGGGCUCCUUCAUUGUGGAAGGCUCAGAACUUCAGCAGAAUGAUCAAGCCCUCCAUCAGCAGCUCCAGAACCUGAAGGACUGUCCUAGACGGAGAUCUGUGGUCCUCAAGUUCUGUUUGCAGGGCCUGAAGAUGUACAGUGCGGAGAGGGAGGUUCUGCUCAUGGCCCAUGCUCUGAAGCGCAUCCUCUACAGCACUUGUCGCCCGGCUGACGGCCAGUUCGCUUUUGUGGCCCGGAACCCACACAGCUCCCACAACCAGCUCUUCUGCCACUUGUUUGUGGGCAGCCAUCCAAGCGAGGUCCAGACGCUCCACUUCUUGCUCUGCCGCUCCUUCCAGCUCUGCUACCUCCUGAGGCACCCGGAGGAGCAAGACUGGCCCUCCACUGGCCAGAGCCCACCGGAGCCCAGAAGGCUUCUGGACAGCCAUGUGGUGUGGAAGUCCCUCAAUCCGGAGGAGGUCUCGCAAAACGUCAAUGCGCUGGUCUCCUUCCAGAGGCUUCCGUGCCCCUCGGACUUUGGCUCCUCCGUCAGCGUGAGAGAGCGGCUGGAUUUGGAGGAACGAGGCCGGGUAGGCACCUCUCGCCCUGGAAAUCCGUACUGCUCCCCGAUCCUGGUGCGCAAGAAGGCCAUCCGCAGCAAGAUCCUCCGCUCUGGCGCCUACCGGGGCUGUACCUUUGAGGCUCAGCUGCAGCAGUGCGCUCAGGACAUGUUUUACACCAGCUGGGAUGGCAAAGGCAGCAGAGGCGGACUGGUUCGCUUGCCAGAAAACGAAGGCACCCUGAUGGAGAACGUUUGGUCUUUUGCUGGCAUUGAUAGGGACGCUGGGGUGGCCCUGCUCCGGAAGGACGUUCUCGGAGCCUUCCUCCUCUGGGCCGAACCAGGUUCCACUGACCAGUGGUGUCUCACAGUGCGGACGCGGUGCGGAGUCAUCCCUUACCAGAUAUACCAGAGCCAGGUUGGAAAGUUUUCUGUGGAGCAUCUGAAUGUGGAGUUCCCCAGCAUAGAAGCCCUGCUGGACCAUUACUCUGGGACUCAGGGGGGCCUCUUCUGCUCCCUGACCUCCGGACGGGUCAACCACGGUUACGAGGAGCAAGACUGGCUGGCGGCGGAGGGGUCUUGGAGGGAAGAGCGGGGACGGCGCCAGGCAUCAUGGCUGCAAGGUGGCAGCAAGUCUCUGGCUGUCCCUCAGGAGUUGGGCUGACGCUUGGCAAGGGAUCCUGGACUGGCUCCUCAUGCCAUCCCCAUGAACUUGUGCAAACUCUUUUGUGUCAAGCCUGCAUUGCACUUUCACUCUCUGGCUAGUCUUCUCAUCCUAAACAUGGUAGGGCUCACUCUCUAGGGAAAGGGAGGCCUCCCAGGCAUUGCAAUGCCCAUCAGCCCCCUCAGUGUAACCCAAGAAUGCUGGAAGUUUAAGUCCAGCAAAGUCUGGAGGGCAGCAUGAUUUCCCUGCUUUGUGGUUAUGGGCCCAUCCCACUCUGGUAAGAUGUUGUUAGACUGCAACUCCCAUCACAUACUCUCCACUGUCCUGAUAGGCAGAAAGUCCCCGAUUCGUCCUCUGCCAUCCCACUUCCUCAGCUGCUUUGAGAAGCUCCUUCUUUCUCCUCCUCCUGCUUUGCCCUCAGCUUACUUCAGUUGCCGCAAACAGAUCAAAAUGGAAAGGGAGUUUCCACUCCAUUAACUGAGAGGAGAGGAAGCGGCAAAAUCUGUCCCUUCCCAGUUUUUGCAGCCUUUCUUCACCUGUGUGUUCUUCCUCAACAAUGACGUCUGCCAUGUUGACCCAUGUCCCGUGCGCCAUCAGCCCCAGCCAGCAUAGCCAAUGAUGAAGGGUGAUGGUAGUUUGUAACCCAAGACCAAAAGGGCCACGGGUCUCUGGAAGAUGUGUCUUAAUGUUUCUAGCCAAAGGGACCUUUGUGUUCAUGCGCCUGGCAAGUACAGCACAACUCACCCUCCUCCUGGGUUGUUCCAGAAAUUCAGGGAUAUAUAUAUAUUGAAAACAAAACCUCAUUAGUAGAUGGCUGCACUCCUCUGCGCUCUCACAAGCGCAUCCUCUCCACUGGUGUCUUUCAGACUGCAUCCACAAUGCAGAAAUAAUCCAGUUUGACAACACUUUAAUUGCCAUGGCUCAAUGCUAUGGGAACUGUAGUUUGUUGUGGCACCAGAGCACAGCUGGGAUUCCCAGAACUCCAUAACAUUGAUCUAUGGCAGUGGCGACAAACUGGAUUAUUUCUGCGGUGCGGAUGCAGCCCGGGUCCCAGAAGUGACCAGAGAGAGAGAGAGGCGGCAAAAGGGAGAUUCCAAAGAAAGCGGAGGCAAAAAUGACCUUCUGUGUUUUGUUUCUCUUCACAUUUGCUGCUAUGAAUGUUUUUAUUUUUUGUUGUUGUUAGAGAAAAUAUUUAUUGUAUUUUAAAUUUGCAUUAGGGGAGAGGUCAGAGAAGUGGAAAACUCAGUUGCAAAAUGAGAAGGCUGGUGUAUUUCUUUUGCGCUGUCUGGACAAUAUGCCUCUUCCUGGCCGACGCAUCUCCUGUUUGUUCUUUAUUUGGGGUUAUGGUUACUGUCAGAUUUUGUUGAAAUAAAGGCCAUGAUACAUGU